AUGCCGCGUAAGUACGUUAGAAUUACAAAUCGAGGUGAUUGGUCCCAUGAAAAUUUAUUAAAUGCUAUGAGUGCAAUUUCCAAUAAGGAAAUGAGCAUUAGGAAAGCCUCAAAAGCCUAUGGUAUUCCGUUCAGCACACUCCAAGAAAGGAUUAAAAAGGGCAAAACCCAAAUUUUAAAUCUUGGGCGUAAACCUGUAUUUUGUAUUGAUUUCGAAAAUGAUAUGACUGAACAUAUAAAAGAUUUAGCCAAACUAUUUUAUGGAAUCACACCUUUGCAGUUAAGAAGUGCUGCUUUUGCGUUUGAAGAAGAAAACAAACUUCAACACAAUUUUAAUCGUAGUCUUAAACUUGCGGGAAUAGAUUGGUUUUAUAAUUUUAUUAGACGUAACCCAUCAAUAACCAUUAGAAAACCUGAAGCAACAAGUAUUGGUCGUAUAACAGCUUUUAACAAAACUGAAGUUUCACUUUUUUUUGAAAACCUUGAGAUGUUAAUGGAAAAGUAUUCAUUUAUUCCUUCGAACAUUUUUAAUAUGGACGAAACCGGAAUUUCCACCGUACAAGACCCAGGAAAAAUAAUAGCACCGAAAGGCCAAAAACGUGUAGGUUCUGUCACUAGCUGGGAAAGAGGGAAAAACGUAACUGUUAUUUGUUCCAUGAGUGCGUCAGGUACAUUUGUUCCUCCUGUAUUUAUUUUCCCAAAAAAGAGAAUGUGUCAUCAAUUACAAAGAAAUGGUCCUCCAGGUGCAGUAUAUCAGUGUACCAAAAACGGGUGGUCCAAUGAGGAUAUUUUCCUUGUUUGGUUACAGCAUUUUGUCAGUUAUACGAAACCAUCAACGGCGGAACCCGUUCUCCUUAUAUUGGACAACCACGGAAGCCAUAUUAAUUUGCCUGCUUAUGAUUUUUGUAAAAAAAAUAAUAUAAUAAUGUUGUCAUUGCCACCACAUACCUCACAUCGAAUGCAACCACUUGAUGUCACAUUUUUUGGACCACUAAAGCAGGCAUUUAAAAGAGAAUGUGAUUUAUUUAUGAAGUCAAAUUCACUAAUAAAAAUAACCCCGUAUGAUUUGGCUGAACUGUUUAAUAAAGCAUAUUCUAUAGUGGCAACAAUACAAAAAGGUGUAUCUGGGUUUAGUUCGACAGGAAUAUACCCAAUGAACCCAAAUGUUUUUACUGAAGAGGAUUUUUUCGCAGCAAAUACAUUUGCUACUGACGAUACCAACACCAUUUCUCCAGUUGUUAUUGAAAUGAAUUCUACUUCUGAAGAACCAUCAAAUUCUACAAAUAACAUUAUAAAUAACUCUGUGCCUUCUACAUCUACAUCAUCGGAAUAUCGUGUUGCCUUUAAAUCAAUUACGCCAAUUCCAAAAAAACCAUCUCCAAAAGUGGUUCGCCGAAGAUCUGCAAAACAGCACUCCACUGUUAUAACAUCUACGCCAAUGAAAACGAUACUCGAAUUAAAAGAAAAUAAAAGAAAAACGAAAAUAAAGAAAGAAAAACCUGCCGCUCCCCCCCCAAAAAAAGAACAAAAGCCUAAACCAAAGAAAUCUAAUAAGAAGAAAUUAACAAAACGAAAAUUAUUUGAGGACGACGGUUCUAGUUCAGAUAGUGAUGUUGAUAUGAUAGAAAUAGUUGAUGACAACAGUGAUGAUAAUAUUAAUGAUGGCGAGGAGGUUUGCUUAAUAUGCGAAGAGAGUGGAAAAGAUGAAUUGUGGUACAGGUGCACACAAUGUGGUUUCUGGGUACAUUCAGAAUGUAGUGGAGCUGAUACUGCAGUUGACUAUAUUUGUGACAUCUGCAUGAGGAUGAUCAGAAAAAAAGAAAUAGCCAAAAAAUAA